AUGAAAAAUUAGUCACCCUCCUCUUCCUAAAUCAUCUAGGCUCUGGCUCUAAUGGACACUUACAAUUUAGUUUUAAAUGAGAGGAAGAGAACUCGUCGCAAUACAAACUUUUAAAUUAAUAAAACUAAAGCCAUCGAACAGAGUGUCAAAAUUAGGAGAAAAAGCUGUCAUUGUUAAUUGUGUGGCGAUUUGAGUUCCUUUUAAUUUGAUACCAUGAAUAUCCCUUAUAGAAAAUAAAAAAAGUCAGCUGAAAAAGUAGAACCAUAAAUUUAAGAGACUCCCAGCUAAACUACACAACGAAGAAGCAUUUUUUAUCGAUUAUAAUCAUUAAAAUCCUUAGAAAAUAAUUAAGCCAGACUUUCUUUGGAGAUUCACGGAUUUAGCAAAAAUUACUAAAGGCAAAACACUGUGCAGUAGUUUAUAGCUGAAAGUCAAGAAAGAUCCAGAAAAGGUAGUAUCAACAGAAGUGGUUUUGUGAAUACUUCAACAUCAGAAAAUCAUUCGGUAAAAUCUCUCAAUAUUAAAAAUUUUAAUGAUUCAAGUCCAACAUCAACUAAAUCACCUUUAAUUGAAAUGACUACCAGUAGUAGAACCCUCAAAAGCUCCAAAAAACUCCUAAUGAUGAAUACUUAUUUCUCCUAAUCAGCACGUUCGCUAAAAACCACUCAAUUUUCGUAAAUUCACAAAUCAAGAGCUUUGAUUUUACCUAAACUUAUAUAAAAUGAGAAGCUCAACUGA